UCCAACCAAUAAAAUCACAGAAUAUUAACCGAAAAACAAAUUUCAGUGGGCUCGACGGUAUGAGCUCCUCGCCGGGUUCGCCAUCGCCGCCGCGAGCUCGGAAACCGAAGGAUGAAGAGCGGCCUAGAUUCUUCGACACUAAGGCCAAGAGCAUGUGCUGGGCCAAUGCUGACACAGUGCCCGGCCGUCACCCGGAGCGCUGGCGCAAGGAUGCCGCCGGCAACGUCGUCUGCAAACGCUUCUGCAAUUGCCAAGGCUGCCUCUGCUUUGAAUAUGACCACAUCGUCCCCUUUUCCAAAGGUGGUGAGUCUGUAGCAGAGAAUUGCCAGAUUCUACAGACGAGGGUGAACAGAUUCAAAUCGGAUAAGGAGGGGAUUGAUGAUUCCAUCUUGAAAGGCUACUCUUGUGACAUCAAGUUCACUGACAAGGAGCUCGAUGUCGUUGAAAUGGCUGUCUAUGGAGAUGUUAUAAGGCCGGGAAACCAGUGUCGCUGCAGAACCGUUGCUGAAAUGCUCGGGCAACACAUAUCCAAAGAUAAAAAGGCUCCGUGCAAGUUGCCCUACGAUGACACCCCUUCAUAGAAGUGAGGUGUUCAAAAACAAAGAUUUCCAUUCAAAGAAUGUCGACUCAAAUCAAUUCUUGUAACAGCCAUUACAGACUAAUUGAAUAAACAGUGAAGACAACGUGUCAUUUAUGGAUUAAUCGAAACAGCAGAUGCAUUCUGUUCUGAGAUGAAAAGGUAUGUUUCGUCUUAUUUCUUCA